AGGAGUGGGGCCGAGGCUGGAGGUGUGGGGGUGUGACGACGGCCGGUCCUACUCUCCGGCCUGUUCAGAUCAGCUCCUUCUGGGGACCACCCCUGGCACACAAGGGAGGGAGGCAGCUUGAUCCCCCUAGCCCGCUUCCAGCCCUCACCUGGCUUUGUCUUCUGGGAUAAGACGGGGAAAUCCAGAGGAUGUAAGCCUCUCCUGCCUUCGUGUCUUCCCCCAAGCCCUCGCUAUCACAGACGGAUGCAGGAGCUGUCUGGGAGGCUGGAAGCACAGACCUUGUCAAUCCUCCCCCAGAGGGCGGGACCCGACGCGGACGUGUCUUGAUUGACUGGGUAGCGUGGCUUCGGGGAAGGGCUUCCUCCCCUUUUCUCAGACUAGGAGCCCUGGAAAAUGGAGAAGCUGUGCUAAUAGAGGGGGGCCAGAAAUCCCCACUCUAGAAUGCUCUAGAAUGUUGGGAGACACCCAGGAUGUGAGCCAGGGACUUUCUGGAAGUGUUUGUUCUGGCCCCACCCGACCCCAGGCAGUCCCCAGCUGUCUGCACAGUCGGAUGGGGACGGGGCUUGCACAGAGUUGGAGCCAGAGGAGAGAGCUGGCUCAUCCCCUACGGUAGGAUGGGGAAACCUCACAGACCACAUUGUCACCCGGCCUCAGCUCUCCGCCCCGGCGCUCAGAGGGUAACUCUCACCCACCUCGUCCGCUUCUCUGAACCAGAGUGACCCAGGCGGCGCUCCGCCCCGCUCUCCUACCCGAGUUGGCACGGAGGCCCGGCAGCCAUGGCGGUGGAAGGAGGAAUGAAAUGUGUGAAGUUCUUGCUCUACGUCCUCCUGCUGGCCUUUUGCGCCUGUGCAGUGGGACUGAUUGCCGUGGGUGUCGGGGCACAGCUUGUCCUGAGUCAGACCAUAAUCCAGGGGGCUACCCCUGGCUCUCUGUUGCCAGUGGUCAUCAUCGCAGUGGGUGUCUUCCUCUUCCUGGUGGCUUUUGUGGGCUGCUGCGGGGCCUGCAAGGAGAACUAUUGUCUUAUGAUCACGUUUGCCAUCUUUCUGUCUCUUAUCAUGUUGGUGGAGGUGGCCGCAGCCAUUGCUGGCUAUGUGUUUAGAGAUAAGGUGAUGUCAGAGUUUAAUAACAACUUCCGGCAGCAGAUGGAGAAUUACCCGAAAAACAACCACACUGCUUCGAUCCUGGACAGGAUGCAGGCAGAUUUUAAGUGCUGUGGGGCUGCUAACUACACAGAUUGGGAGAAAAUCCCUUCCAUGUCGAAGAACCGAGUCCCCGACUCCUGCUGCAUUAAUGUUACUGUGGGCUGUGGGAUUAAUUUCAACGAGAAGGCGAUCCAUAAGGAGGGCUGUGUGGAGAAGAUUGGGGGCUGGCUGAGGAAAAAUGUGCUGGUGGUGGCUGCAGCAGCCCUUGGAAUUGCUUUUGUCGAGGUUUUGGGAAUUGUCUUUGCCUGCUGCCUCGUGAAGAGUAUCAGAAGUGGCUACGAGGUGAUGUAGGGGUCUGGUCUCCUCAGCCUCCUCAUCUGGGGGAGUGGAAUAGUAUCCUCCAGGUUUUUCAAUUAAACGGAUUAUUUUUUCAGACCGAAAA